AUGAACAUUUCAGCAUUACUUGCUGCUCAUAGAAGAAAAAUGCGGAAGAUUUAUCUUGAUAAUAGGCGAACAAAGUCAAAUAAAAGAAGAAGUGCACCAAGUGGUAGAGGAUCCUCUAAAAUUGUUAACAAAUCCCAGUUAACCGACGAAGAAAAUUAUAAUCCUAAUCUUCCUUCUUCAUCUAAUAGUUUUCAGACAGUGCGUAACUUUACAUCUUUAACAACGACAACACCCUUAAGUGGCAUAACAACUGGUGCUAUUACUUUUAAUAACCAAUUAACCCAUACGCCUAGCAGUUCUCAGUUUUCUAUUGUUUCAAACAUUGUUACACAAAACAGUAACAACAUUCUUCGAUCUUCUUCUACGUUGACUAAGCUUAAAUCUGGUAAACAAAAGGUUUUACCUAAGAAACGUAUUAUCGAACCUAUUCCAAUGGUAGAUCUUACUUCUGAUGACGACAAUGAAAAUUUACAUUCCAUUGAAGACCCUUAUAAAGGUGUAUCCACAGAUUAUUUGGAUCAUGGUAAUCAAAUCCUUAGAUGCGAGAUGUGUCAUUCAUUAUUAUGGUCUGAUGAAGGUGGUAAAGGUCGAAUUACAUUGGGUAAGUUAACUUAUAGUUUAUGUUGUGGUUAUGGCAAAGUGGAGCUUCCAGAUUUGAAAGAACCUACUUCAGUAUACAAGGAUCUAUUUGGAAAUUCUAAUGAAAAAAGUAAGUACUUUUUAAAGAAUAUCCGACGAUACAAUUCUAUGUUCUCCUUCACAUCAAUGGGUGGAAAGGUAGAUUCGAGUAUCAACAGUGGUAAGGCACCAUAUGUAUUUUGUAUUAGUGGACAGAAUUUCCACACAUUAGGUGGUUUGGUACCUGCACCUGGUAAAGAUCCAAAGUUCUCCCAGCUUUAUAUUUACGAUACUGAUAAUGAAGUUUCAAAUCGGAAAAGGUUGUUCAGUGAAUCUACAAAUAAGUCGGAUUCUCAUUUAAAGCAAUUAGAAAUUCAGCUCAUUAAGUUUUUAAAAGACUUCCUGGAUCAUAAUAAUGAGUUGGUUAAAAGUUAUAGAAUUGCAAGAAACCACUUCAAUGAGAAUCCUAAUGAAAAUUUCAAGCUUCGUCUCAUUUACAAAAGAGAUCUUGACGGUCGUACUUACAACUUGCCCUCAACUUCAGAAGUUGCUGCAUUGAUAGUUGGUGAUCUACAUAAAAUAAUUGAUCAUCGUGAUAUUGUUGUUGAGUCUCACACUGAAGGUCUUCAACGAAUCAGUGAACUUCAUCCAUCAUAUCUAGCACUUCAGUAUCCAAUCCUUUUUCCUAAUGGUGAUGAUGGAUAUAGAAUAGACAUUCCUCAUAGGGAUGGUAUACGUACGUUAAAGAAAAUUCGACCCAAGUGUACAAUGAGAGAAUUCUUUGCUUAUAGAAUUCAAGAUCGAUCAUCUGCCUUUUCUAUAAUUUUAAAUGCUCGGAGAUUGUUUCAACAAUUUUUGGUAGAUGCAUAUACCAUGAUUGAGAGUGAAAGGCUUAAUUAUAUUCGUUUUCAACAGAAACAUCUUAGGUCUGAAACAUAUUCAAAUCUUCAAAACUUGAAAAACGAAGGAAAAGAUGAUCUAUCAAAUACUGGUAUACGUGUUUUAUUACCAUCUUCUUUUACCGGUGGAUCACGCUAUAUGCAACAAAACUAUUUAGAUGCUAUGGCUAUAUGUAAAUGGUUUGGAUAUCCCGAUUUUUUUAUUACCGUUACAUGUAAUCCGAAGUGGCCAGAGAUUAAACGAUACUUGAGAAAUACUUCAAUUAAGCCUGAAGACAGGCCAGACAUUUUGUGUAGAUUGUUUAAAAUAAAGCUCGAUUCACUUACAAAGGAUCUAAAGGACAAAAAAGUAUUUGGAGAAUUAAGUGCAGCCGUUUAUACUGUGGAAUUUCAAAAACGUGGAUUGCCUCAUGCUCACAUUUGCAUUUUUUUGAAACCGGAAUCCAAAAUUUUGUCCGUUGAUCAUCUUGACAAGUUCAUUUCUGCUGAGAUACCUGAUAAGAGAGAAGAUCCAAGCCUAUAUGCACUUGUGACUGAUUUCAUGAUUCAUGGUCCAUGUGGAAAUGCAAAUCCGAGUUGUCCUUGUAUGGUUGAUAGUAGAUGUUCAAAAAACUAUCCCAAAAAAUUCAACCCUGAGACCACCACUGAUGCUGACGGUUUCCCUGUAUAUAGAAGAAGAGACAAUGGAAACACUGUUAUAAAGUCCAACGUUCAAUUAGACAACAGAAGUGUUGUUCCUUAUAGUCCUGUUCUUUUGAAAAGAUACCAAGCUCACAUUAAUGUUGAGUGGUGCAAUCAAGCUGGUUCUAUUAAAUAUUUGUUCAAGUACAUUAAUAAAGGCGCAGAUAGAGCUUCCCUUGUAGUGUCAAACCGAGACGGUACAGAAAAUGAACAAACAACAAAGGAUGAGAUCAAAGCGUAUUAUGAUUGUAGGUACGUUUCAGCCUGUGAAGCUUCUUGGAGGAUAUUUGCAAAUGAGGUUCACUUUAGGUUUCCUCCAGUUAUGAGACUUCCUUUUCAUCUUGAAGGUCAACAAAAUGUUGUAUUUGGAGCCGAGGACGAUAUACAAGAAGUUUUGGAUAAGCCAUCAAUAGAGUAUGGAAACCACGUAAAAGAAAGCUGUUACCAGAUCGGACGGAUUCAUUCUGUUUCCCCUGCUGUGGGUGAACCGUAUUUUCUUAGAAUUCUCCUAAACAAAGUCAAAGGACCCAAAUCGUUUGAAGAUAUUAGAACUGUUGAUGGUCAGGUGUUUCCAACUUUCAGGGACGCGUGUUAUGCUAUGGGUUUGUUAGAUGAUGACAUGGAGUACAUUGAAGCAAUUAAGGAAGCCAAUUUUGCGGGUGAUGGUCGUUAUACUCGUGCACUUUUUGUUACUUUGUUGUUGUCAAACACAUUGUCAAGACCUGAAUAUGUAUUUGAACAAACAUGGAAAUUAUUGGGCGAUGACAUAUUAUACAAUAGAAGAAGAUCAACAAAAAACAAAGAACUUGUAAUGUCUGAUGAAAGGUUGAAGAAUCAGACAUUGGUUGAGAUUGAAAAGUACCUGAUUCGAAAUGGUUCCUUUUUGACACGAUGGCCGACAAUUCCUUAUCCUGAUUACGAUUCCUUUGCUGUUGGAAACAAUCGUUUGGUUGACGAAGAAUUAUCUUUUGAUAUUCCGCAGCUUCAGAGUGAGUUACAUACUCUUAUAUCUUCAUUGACUGACGAACAAAUGUCCAUUUAUAAUCAAAUUAUGACAGCAGUUGAAGAUGGAAAAGGAGGUGUAUUUUUUGUAUAUGGAUAUGGUGGAACAGGUAAGACAUUUCUCUGGAAGACUUUAGCUUUAUCCGUUAGGUCUAGAGAACAGAUCGUUCUAAAUGUUGCUUCGAGUGGUAUUGCUUCUUUGCUAAUGUCAAGAGGUAGAACGGCACAUUCUAGAUUUCACAUUCCCAUAAAUUUAGACGAGAGUUCGAUGUGUCACAUAAGGGCUGAUGGUGAUGUAGCCUACUUGCUUAAGCAUACUAGGUUAAUUAUAUGGGAUGAAGCACCCAUGGUACAUAGGCAUGCGUUCGAAGCUUUAGACCGAACCUUUAAAGAUGUUUUGGUUGACAAAAGCAAUUCUCAGUCGGAUGUUUUAUUUGGAGGUAAAGUAAUUGUGUUUGGUGGUGAUUUUAGGCAAAUUCUUCCUGUUAUUCCAAACGGAAGUAGGCAAGAAAUUGUUAAUGCUUCAUUGAGUUCAUCUUACAUAUGGUCACACUGUAAAUUACUUACCUUAACAAAAAACAUGAGGUUGACUAUCGGUGCUUCACAAUCCACAAUGGUGGAGACUGAGAAAUUUGCCAAAUGGCUUCUUGAUAUCGGGGAAGGUAAAGUUGGAGGUGACAACGAUGGCGUUGCAAUUGUAGAAAUACCUUCUGAUAUACUAAUUACAGAUUCUUCCGAUCCCAUUGAAAGUUUAAUUCGAUUUGUGUAUCCGUCGGUUUUAGAAAGAUAUAUGGAUCUAGAUUAUUUUUCUGAAAGAGCCAUUCUGACACCGAAAAAUGAGGUUGUUCAUGAAAUAAAUGAUCGAUUGUUAGAGUUGUUUCCUGGUGAACCAGUAGAGUACCUAAGUUCUGAUACUAUAUGUGAAACUGAAAAAGGUAUUGAUUCCUUCCAACAAGAGUUGUAUUCACCUGAUGUUUUGAAUGGUUUAAAGAUAUCUGGUUUACCAAAUCAUCGUCUGGUUCUAAAAGUUGGUGUUCCUAUUAUGCUUCUUAGGAACAUUGACCAACAGAAUGGAUUAUGUAAUGGUACAAGGUUAAAAGUUACAUAUCUUGGAAAGAGGGUUAUGGAAGGUGAAAUUAUAUCAGGUGCUAAUGUUGGAACUAGAACGUUCAUUCCAAGAAUUAGCAUGAUUCCAUCCGACAAAAAAAUACCUUUUGCUUUUCAAAGACGACAAUUUCCUGUUGCUGUGUGUUUUGCUAUGACAAUCAACAAGAGUCAAGGCCAGUCUUUGUCUAAGGUUGGUCUUUAUUUAAAAGAACCAGUUUUCACACAUGGCCAGUUAUAUGUGGCAUUAUCUAGAGUUAAAUCAAGACAAGGGGUGAAGAUAUUAAUUCUUGAUAAGGAUGGGAAACCUACUAAUACAACAACCAAUGUUGUUUAUAAAGAAGUGUUCACUCACCUUUGA